GACUCGCGCGUCGCGCCUGCGCCCCUGCGGCCGCCAGAAGGUGGGCUGAGGCGCCCAGGGCGCGUAGCAAGCCGGCUGAGGGGUUGUGGCGGCCGCUGCGGGCGACAUGGACAACGCGGGGAAGGAGCGUGAGGCGGUACAGCUGAUGGCGGAGGCCGAGAAGCGAGUCAAGGCCUCCCACUCCUUCCUCCGAGGGCUGUUUGGAGGAAACACAAGAAUAGAAGAGGCUUGUGAAAUGUAUACCAGAGCUGCAAAUAUGUUCAAGAUGGCUAAAAAUUGGAGUGCUGCAGGAAACGCAUUUUGUCAGGCAGCCAAGCUCCACAUGCAGCUUCAGAGCAAACAUGACUCCGCAACCAGCUUUGUGGACGCUGGAAAUGCUUACAAAAAGGCAGAUCCCCAAGAGGCUAUCAACUGCUUAAAUGCAGCCAUCGACAUUUACACAGACAUGGGAAGGUUUACAAUUGCAGCCAAGCACCACAUUACUAUUGCAGAGAUCUAUGAGACUGAACUUGUUGACAUUGAGAAGGCUAUUGCACAUUAUGAACAAUCUGCUGAUUAUUACAAAGGAGAAGAAUCCAACAGCUCAGCAAACAAGUGUCUGCUGAAGGUGGCAGCAUAUGCUGCCCAGCUUGAGCAGUACCAGAAAGCCAUCGAGAUCUAUGAGCAGGUUGGGGCAAACACAAUGGAUAAUCCUUUGUUGAAGUACAGUGCAAAGGAUUACUUCUUCAAAGCUGCCCUCUGCCACUUCAUAGUAGAUGAGUUGAAUGCCAAGCUUGCUCUUGAGAAAUAUGAGGAAAUGUUUCCAGCAUUUACUGAUUCAAGAGAAUGUAAAUUAUUGAAAAAACUCCUAGAAGCUCAUGAAGAACAGAACAGUGAAGCUUACACUGAAGCAGUGAAGGAAUUUGACUCAAUAUCUCGCUUGGAUCAGUGGCUGACCACUAUGUUGCUUCGCAUCAAAAAGUCCAUCCAAGGGGACGGAGAAGGAGAUGGAGAUCUCAAAUGAAAUGUUUUUGUCUUCGUGGCAUGCAGCUAACUCCUCUUUAGUUUUGUCUUAGGGUCAAGUGAUCUUUAUGGGAUGCCCAUUUAAUGGCUUAAUUUUGUUGCAUAUGAGCCAGAUGGCCUGUGUAUUGUUUAAGCUCGUGGAGUCUGUGUUGCUGUGAAAUCAAUGAAGGAGAGGCUCCUGUUCAUCUUGUGGUGAUGAUAGGUUGUUUCAUGCUUAUCAGGUCCCCCAGCGUUUUCUGAGAAGUACUUCAGAAUCUCAUUCCUCAUAUUUCAUUGGUGUUUGUGGAGCCUGUGUUUAAUGUUGCCACGUGUUUUUAUGUCCUUUUUGUUGGACUUGAGUACUCAGCCCAGUUGUUCUCGUAGAUGCUUUGCAUUAUCUCUGUGCUUUGGCAUCUGGAUAUGUUCUUUAAAUGUGUGUUUAGUUUAGGACAGUUACUAGGAAUAAGUUUAUAACUUUAUUAGAAAUCAUUUGUAUUUUUGUUAUCCUGUGAUUAUUUUGAUGGUGCUAGUGACUAGUUUCUUUGCUUUUUGUGUUGUUCUGUAUGCUAACAUGUGCAUGGCAAAAAUAUAGAAUAGCCAGGGUCUGUAGGCAUUACACUGUGAGGAAAGGAGCUUUCUGGAAGCACUUGCUUCUUGUAUGGAUGAGUGUCAAAGGGAAUUUGAUUUGUACUUACACAUAUACACACACACACCCACACACCCACAAGAUCUAUUAGAAAUGGAAUUUUCUCUUUUUCUGGAGAUAGUUUUCACUUGUAGUUGGAGUGAAGAUCCCUUUAUGUUUGCAUUAGAGUGUUUCAGUUGGCACAGCCUGCUCAUUAUUUUCAUGUUUAUAUACUACAUUGAGGUGAUGUGUUCUGUGCUAUGGCUAGAGAAGUCUUGGUCAGGGCUGGAUAGAUUAAGUCAAGCUCAAGAAUGAAUGUAUGUAAUUUUCACAUUUAUUGCACAUUAUGGGUUAGGUGGGGUGAAUGUGGUACAGGAGUAGACUUUAUGCUCAAGUGGGCAAGAACCCCAGCUUGUUUCUCAGGGAACUUGAUUGUUCUCUUAGCUGAUGGAAUAUUUUGGCUUAUUUGAACUCUGUCAUGUUUAAUUGGUUUAUAUAAUACAUGUGUGCUAUCUUAA